GGUGGUGAGAUUAAAUCAUAAAGGAUAUUAUCCCGUGGAGUUCGUGUAAUUCCUUGUCAAUAGCAACCAAUCAAGAGCCGAAUAAGGCAUGAUACUCGAUAUUCGGGUGGCCGAGUUCUUAGCCGGUAUCAGUGGGGAAGAUUUUGAAGAUGUCUAGUACCCCAUGGGACAUACCCGUUUCCCCAAGUUUCAGAGGCGCGGAGUAUUUUUUGAUCAGGGCCAGAUCAAUGCGGAGUUACUGCCGAUCUAUGUUUGAAUGGUGAUGGAAUGCCACGAUGUUACCCUCUAAUGCACCGGUGCACCGUCAUUUGAAACCCCCUGUUUGUACUACCUAGCUGUAGACAACUUUUUCAUUGUUCACGUUGAAGCGAGUCGCCACGAUGCCUUGGGGAAUUCUUGAGGAUAAGCAUAUGGACCAUGUCCCCGGCACGAUAAUACUUGCCGAUCAGACUGACGUACCGGAAGAAUAUCGAAACAUUUCUCGAGAACUACUCAAGCAUGGUACAGGAAGAUAUUCCCACAUCAUAUUGGCUCCUCAACCAACCGAUUCACCGAACGAUCCUUUGAACUGGCCAACAUGGAAGAAAGAUGCUAUCCUAGUAAUCGUGGGAUUAUCAGCUGGUGUUGUGGGCGCGUAUGGCCCAAUGCUUUCUCCAGGAUUCGUCGAAAUCGCCGCAGCACUUGACAUAACCGUCAAUACACUAUCACAAGCGACAGCCUGGGUCAUUCUGCUGAUUGGAAUUUCUUUAUUCGUAUUCAAUCCGUUGGCGAAGAAGAUUGGACGGCGCCCAGUAUAUGUGAUGUCAAGUAUCAUAUUAUUGACCGGAAGCAUAUGGGGUUCAGUUGCGAAGAACUAUUCCAGUUUCUUGGGCAGCAGAAUAUGGAGUGGUUUCGGCAUGGCUCCAUAUGAAGUCCUCGUCCAGUGUACGAUAGCCGACAUUUACUAUGUCCACCAACGUGCUACUAGGAUUGCUAUCUGGAACAUGUUUUUGUUAUGUGGUAUUAGUGGCGGCGCCCUCAUUGCCGGGUACAUCAUCGAGGACCAAGGGUGGCAAUGGACAUUGAUUUGGUGUGCCAUCAUUUUCGGUAUCCUCCUACCUCUAGUGAUACUCUUCGUCCCCGAGACGGCUUAUCGUAGGCAAUCAUACGAGCAACAACUCGCAACCAGAGCCAUGACUACCCGAGAUGCCAAGUCGAACAAUUCAGAAAAGAAAGAUGCGCCUUCAGAACAAGAAAGUGGGAGAGUAGAAACCGUGGAAACUGGAGCGGUGGUUGAACGCAAAGACUCGUACUUACGAAGCUUGAGGUUGUGGACUGGUGUCUAUACCGAUACUCCCCUGUGGAAGAUCUUCCUACGCCCAAUGGUGGUCUUUUUCUAUCCGGCGGUCCUCUGGGGGUUUCUGUUAUAUGGUAUAACAUUGAGCUGGAUUGUGGUCUUCAGUGUCGUGAACGCUGUGAUUUUCACGGCGCCACCAUACAAUUUCUCGGUGUCUGAGACAGGCCUCAUCUCAUUAUCGCCGUUUAUACUAACAUUCAUCGGAGAGAUCGCAUCCGGUCCAUUGAAUGAUUGGGUCUGUCUGUAUUUGGCCAAAAAGAACCGUGGUAUUUACGAGCCUGAGUUUCGAUUACCACCUAUCAUCAUCUCGUUUCUCAUGGGUAUCGCGGGGUUCUUUGGAUUUGGUGCUACCGUUCAUUUCCAGACGCAUUGGACUGGUCCUGUCUUAUGCUUUGGUCUUGCGAACAUGAGUCUUGCGUUUUCUAAUGCAAGUAUUUUUGGAUACAUUAUCGACUCUCAUAAGGAAUUGAGUGAAGAAGCAUUCGUAGCUAUUAAUGCCCGAAAUCUGUUGACGUUCGGUCUGACCUACUUCGUCAACGAUUGGCUCGCAAAGGAUGGUGUUCUAGCGGUCUUCAAUGUGCUGGGCAGUGUAUUUGUCGCUGUAAAUGUGCUAACGAUCCCGCUAUGGAUUUUCGGGAAACGAUUCAGGUCAUUCAUCGCUAGGAAUAAGACGCUGCAUCGAUUCAUGCACGAAGAUUAGAUGAUAAGAAACGAUACAACAUUUACAUGUUGAGAUAUAUUUGUAAUUUGAAUAAGAAGGUUUUAGAUUCUUAGAAUUAGAUGUUGAUUAUUUCAAGAGCGACAAGAUUGAAUGAAAAGAGUUGGAAUUU